CUUUCCCUUCCUGGUGAAUGCGUGAGUGAGUGAGUGAAUGAGUGAGUGCGCACCGCAGGACUGCCAGGUUUUCCAAAGAGCAACCAGGGAAAGUCGAAAGUGGGACUUGAAGGGCUGAACUGUGAGGAGAACAAAGUGGACUAGUCUCUUAGGAACCUUGGGACUGUUGCCGUUUUUAAAUACCCAACUGCUGUUUUCAGAUCUCAAUUCCUUGGGAGUGGAGAAGGAAUCUCAGGGCAAGAGCACCGCUUUGAAAGCUUACCGGUGCAAACAGGACGGUGGAUCCAACUGCCCCACAGAUGAAACUCUUACCUGCCACCUCCCACAUUCCUUAUGGGGCUGGAAACAGAAUCCUGCUGUCGGCUACUUAAUGCUUCUGCGGCUACAGUAUUGGCGCAAGAGGAAGACGGCCACUCACCCGGUUUCGUAUGCAGACAUUUGGCCCUAGUCGGGCCCCUUUCGCAUUAGGAGGAAGAAAGGAAGGGGUCCUGGGCCGGAUCCUUCCAUCCACGCUGCCCCCAAGGGCCCCGGGCGGCUGGGACGUGACUAUGCAGCUUGGGCCGCUGCUGCUGUGUGCCGUGGUGGUCUUCCUUAGCUGGGUGGAUCUGGCAAAAAACAGUAGCAGCAGCAGGUCACCGAAGGGCAAGCGGCAGAGGCGAAUCAGUGCCGAGAUGAGCCAGGGCUGUGCCAAGGGGUGCGACCUCUGCUCCGAGUUCAAUGGCUGCCUCCGCUGCUCCCCCAAACUCUUCAUCCUCCUGGAGCGGAACGACAUUCGCCAGACCGGCAUUUGCCUCCCCUCCUGUCCGGGGGGCUACUUUGGCCUGCGGAACCCAGACAUGAACAAGUGCAUCAAAUGCAAAAUCGAGAACUGUGAGGAAUGCUUCAGCCGCAACUUUUGCACAAAGUGCAAGGAAGGCUUCUACUUGCACAAAGGACGAUGCUAUGCGUGCGCCCAGGACUUCUCAGCAGCCAACAGCACUCUGGAAUGCAGCAGCCCUGCCCAAUGUGAAAUGAGUGAAUGGGGCCCCUGGGGGCCCUGCUUGAAGAAGCGGAAGGCGUGUGGGUUCCGGCGGGGCAAUGAAGAGCGUUCCAGAAGGAUCCUCCAAGCGCCCUUCGGGGAGGAGUCAAUCUGUCCGGCCAUCACAGAGCUCCGGAGAUGCACGGUGCAGAGGAAUCCAUGUCCAGAAGGUCGGAAGAAGAAUAAGGAUGGCCGAGGACUCGCAAAGGAAGACAGGGGCCGGAAAGAGGGCAAGGAGAACCGGACGGGCGCCAGGAGAAGGAAGGGCCAGCAGCCCCAGGAGGGAAUGUCGUCGACCACCAGCCCUCCUCAGUAGAGGCCCCUCCACUGCUGCUAUGGACACAAAUGUGCCUUCAAACCGGACCAAGGGAGCUGGACAGAGAUGUCCGGACACACGGGCCAGAAGACAUCCAGGGCGGCAUGGACACAGGCCCAGACUCCUUGAGGAGAGCAAUGGACCCUUGGGGCAUCUCCUUUGAGGAGAGCUGGUCAGCGGACAUCUCUAGCUGAGGAGCUGCCCAUGGAAACGGGGCAGAUGUGGUUUCCGGCUCCAAGGCUGAGACUGGAAAGGGUUUGCUCAAGAUCUGGAAAUGCAUAAAGGCUUCUUCCCUUCCUUCUCUCUUGUGAUUCAAGCUGCACCACAGAGAAUGCAUGUCUUCCAUGUUGGUGAUCCACAUUCAGGGGCAUCCGUUCUAAAAUUGCUUCCAAAUCUCAAAUUAAAAUACCCCACCCCCCAAAAAAAA